AUGGGUGGUUUCGAGGUCGAGCCAUCUUGGGGGGACGCCAAGUCAGACUUCUAUGAUGUCUUGAAAGAAGCUCGCGGUGUACGUUUUGGCCUCAAGAAGCAGUGCUCAUCCAACCUUGAACAGCCAAUUCAGGACUUGCGUGGUACUCUCCCUACCAAGGCGGUUUGUGAUGAACUUGUCGCCUGUUACCUCCGUACAUUUGAACCUCUGUACCGCAUUAUCCACGUCCCUUCUUUGCGGAAGGAAUACGAUAGACUUUGGGACAGCGAACAAUCAUCUACGCUACCGACUGUUUCUAUGGUCAGGCUGACAUUGAUCAUGGCUAUCGGCACAACCUUUGCGCAGUUUGACAACGACGUUGAGAUUAGUCACCUUUGGCGGCCUGCACAGUCGUGGAUUCAGAAUGCCCAAUGGUGGCUUACCGGCUCAAACGAAAAGACAACAUAUAACCUCGAUGGAUUGCAAGUAUUUUGUCUACUGAUCCUUGCUCGUCAAACAACCUUUAACUGCCGUGGAGCAACAUCAUGGCUCUCGGCUGGCUCAUUGCUGCGCGCCGCUUGUACCAUGGGUCUUCACCGUGACCCCAAGUUAUUCUCAGGCCUAUCACUCUUCCAGAAAGAGUUUCGUGCUCGAUUAUGGGCUACAUCCUUGGAGUUGGCUGUGCAGUCAUGUUUGGAUCUUGGUCUACCACUGCAUCUUUCUGAGGAAGACUUUGAUGCGCCCACUCCGGCAAACUUCAACGAUUCAGACCUCGAGUCUAACUCUCACCAGACGCCGAAACCCAUGGACAUCUUUACGGACUCAUACUUGCAAAUACUCCUUUCAAAGUCCCUGUCGUUACGUGUAGGAAUCAUACGCUUCUUAAACGACAUUCGCCGGGAAAAGACACAUGAAAAGGCACUGUCGAUGGGAACACAGCUACGUGCUGAGUGCAGGGACGUGGCUGUCUUCUUCCACUCAGUCAAUCAAGGCCAGGCAAAUCUCGGGCACGGAUCGAGUCUCAAGGCUAAUGAGUUUCAUCGCAAGCUGAUAGACAUUCACUUGCGUCGAUUCAUCCUGUUUCUUCACCGCGACUUUAUGCUCCAAGCGAAAACUAAUCCUCAAUUCUAUCUCUCUCGUAAAUUAUGCGUUGAGGCUGCUCUUGUCAUUGCAUCUGGAAGUAACGGCGUUGACCUAGACUUACCCAUGCGGGUAUGGGACGACAUGUCUCGAUUGUCCUUUGUCGGACGAGGUUUGUUCAAAUGUGCGUUGAGCUUCGAUGCCAUGCUCAUUCUGGCACUGGAGGUUAUAAGUGAGCUGCAAGAUGAGUCAACACCAGAUCAUGAGUCUGAUAUCCUCAAAGAAAUGGCGAGGGCUGCACGUGCCCCUCUGGUUCAGGUCCUGGAAGAGGUAGGCAAACAGCUCCGCUGCCUCAUUGCCCGAGGAAAUCUGAGUCUCAAGAGACUUCUAUUCUCGACGGCUCAUCUAGCACAUAUUCGGGCCCUGGAAACGGGACGUCCAGUCAAGGCGAUUGUGUAUGAGACUGUAACCUCGACUUUGCGCGACUGUGUAGUGAUGAUGCGUGAAUUUCAAGCGACGAUGGAACCCAACGAGCCCAUGGUGACCUCAGACAGCCUGAACACCGACUUUUUCGGCCCAGACAUGUUUUUCGAUAACAAUAUCAUGGAGUGGGAUAUAUCUGACCUCCUGGGAUUUCCAACAAUUGGGAAAGACGGUAAUUGGCCUGUCAUGGAUUGA